AUGUUUUGUCGUCCAUUGAGAAGAAGUGCCAUAAAUCUUAAACCAAGAUCUGUCAAGUCAUCAUCAAGAAGAUUCUCAACUUCCUCCUUCUCUGCAAACCCUUCAUCAACCGGAUCAGACAUCCCUUAUAAAUAUAAUAUAGCAGUCGCUUAUCAGCCGAAGGAAAGAGAUGAAAAUAAGUUUGUGAAUCAGUUCUUCAAGUUCAAAAAAGUUGAUUCCCCAACUGGUGAAGAUAAUUAUUUUAUUGCACAAAGAUCCCAAGAUCAAGUAGCCGUUGGUGUUGCGGAUGGUGUUGGUGGCUGGGCUGAAUUAGGAUAUGACUCAAGUGCUAUAUCGAGAGAAUUAUGUAAAGCUAUUGAAAAAGGUUAUUUACAAGCCAAAGAUCAAGAUGGGUCUUCAUAUCCACAGUAUUUAUUAGAUGAAGCUUUUAAAACCAUAAAGAAGGAACAAAUUGUAAAAGUUGGUGGUACAACUGCAUGCCUUGGUGCUUUCCAACCAGAUGGAAUACUAAGAGUGGCAAAUUUAGGUGAUUCAUGGUGUGGGAUCUUUAGAGAAAAUAAAUUAAUCGCAGAGACAAAAGUUCAAACUCAUGGAUUCAAUACUCCAUAUCAACUAGCUAUAAUUCCAAAAGAAUUAUUGGAAAAACAAGAUAACAGAUUUAUAAUGGAUAAGCCAUUGGAUGCAGAUGAAUACGAAUUCAAAGUUAUGCAAAAUGAUAUUGUUCUUUUCGCUACAGAUGGUGUUAUUGAUAACAUUGAUAUUAAAGAUAUUGAAUUAUUCUUGAAGGAUAAUCAAGAUAAAGAUCUUUCAACAAUAUCAAAGACAUUUGUCAAAGAAGUUAACAAAUUGAGUGUUGAUGAAAAUUUCCCAUCUGUUUUCAGCCAAGAGCUGUCAAAAUUAACUGGACAAUUUUACACUGGUGGUAAAGAAGAUGACAUUACCGUUGUCUUUGUCAAAGUUGAUCAAUAG